UCUUAAUAAUCUAAACAUAAAAAGGCCCUCCUUUCUUCCUUCUUUCUUCCUUGUUAUAAGUUGGCCUGGCCUUCUUCCCAAACUAUCAGAAGGGUCAUUGGAAUUUAAAGGUCAUAUAUUGCCAAUCCCAUAAAUUCUUCAAUUAAAAUGGGCAAUGUGGUAGAAUUGAAGGUGGGUUUGCAUUGUGAGGAAUGUAUUAAGAAAAUCUUGAAGGCCAUCAAGAAGAUGGACGAUAUUGAAACAUACAACGUCGAUACGCAGCUCAACAAGGUCACGGUGACGGGUAACGUGACGACGGAAGAAGUCAUCCGAGUUCUUCAAAAGAUUGGCAAGUCCGCAAGCACUUGGGAGGGAGAUGAGAUGUACCGUUGAUUCUCUACAUUUUUGUGAUGCCAUGGAUCCUGUUACCUUAACUACUCACCUCGAUCGUUACCAUCGUACCAGAGACUGGAAAUUUUCGCCAAGGAGAUCGAUUUUGAUGGAAGGACAUCAAAGAAAAAACAAAAAUUGGUCACGAGGAGAAGAUUGGUACUUUUUAAUUUAUUGUAAAAUGACUAGUAGUUUAAGGGUAUGAUUUGAACAUCAAUAUAUUGCUAUCCGGCCCGCUUCUGUAA